CUCCCUCCCUCCUGAUCAGGGCUCUGCGGUGCUGGCUGUGUUUUGGGGAAGAAGGAAGGAUCCUGAGACAGAGACCCCCAGACCCCAGAACUGGACAAGGGAAGCUGCAGCCGGCAGAUCACCUUGUGAAGUUUACCGAUCGACUGUGUCUCUGUUUCAGAAAUGGAUUUCCCUCUGCCCGACACGCCUUUCCAGGCCGACUUCCUGCGGGAGCUGCUCAUGAAUUCCUCGUUACUCAACCUGAGCUCUCACUGGUUCGCCAAUAGCACCGGGGACCGAUUCCUUCCACUAGGCAUUCAGGUCACCAUCGUGGUGGUCUAUCUGAUCGUCUGUGUGGUGGGACUUGUUGGCAACUGUGCUGUGAUGUUUGUCAUCGUCAGAUAUACCAAGAUGAAGACUGCAACAAACAUCUACAUUUUUAACUUGGCCCUGGCCGAUGCCCUGGUACUGAUCACUCUGCCAUUUCAGGGCACGGAUAUUCUGAUGGGAAUCUGGCCUUUUGGAAAUGUUCUGUGUAAAAUUGCUAUAUCCAUAGAUUACUACAACAUGUUCACCAGUACCUUCACUCUGACCAUGAUGAGUGUGGAUCGCUACAUCGCUAUCUGCCAUCCUGUAAAGGCGCUGGACAUUCGUACUCCACACAAAGCCAAGGUGGUCAACGUCUGCAUCUGGGUCCUGGCCUCCUUCAUUGGGAUUCCCGUCAUGGUAAUGGGUUCAGCUGAGAUGGAGAACGAUGAGAUUGAGUGCAUGGUUCAAAUGCCUGUUCCAGAACAUUACUGGGAUCCCGUUUUUGGCAUCUGCGUUUUCCUCUUCUCUUUUGUUAUUCCAGUCCUCAUCAUCACGAUCUGCUACAGCCUUAUGAUCAGACGCCUGAAGAAGGUACGUGUCCUUUCUGGGUCCAAGGAGAAGGAUCGCAACCUGCGCCGAAUCACACGGUUGGUCUUGGUGGUGGUAGCUGUGUUUAUCAUUUGUUGGACCCCAAUUCAGAUCUUCGUGCUUGUGCAGAGCCUGGGGGCAAAGCCGGACAGUGAUGUCAAGGUGUCCAUCCUUCACUUCUGCAUUGCCCUGGGCUACAUCAACAGCAGCUUGAACCCCAUUCUCUACGCCUUUCUGGAUGAAAACUUCAAAGCCUGCUUCAAGAAAUUCUGCUUUCCCUCGGCCUUCCGUACCGAGCUUCAAAUGUCUAACAGAAUGUGCAGCAUUGCGAAGGAUGUCGCUUAUGCUUACAAGAACUCAGACAGCCCGAAUAAUCCCGCAUGACUAGGCAUGGAACUGCCCAUGCUAGGGGCAGACGGGGACCAAGUGGGCUCUAAUCCACAGGCAGAACUGACUCAGAUAACAGCCUUGUGAUUAAAAUAAAGGAGGUGGGCUUAGAUGCCACCUCCUCUUGGAAACUUCAAUUUAAUGUGGAGAAUGGAAGCAAACCGUAAUUUCCAUUGGCCAUUUACCAUGGAAUUCACCAACCUCCAACUGAGGCAUGAAGUCCACUUUUGAAGAAAUGCUCACAUGGACUUCCUGGAUCUCCAACUGCUAUACUGAACCAGAGAUAACUUCUUCAGUGGGCUGAAAGGUUGCAUCUUGGAUGUCGAUCCCAAAUUUGCCUUUCCGACCUGUCUGUCUUGCAGUGCAGGGUCUGUACAGAAAUUCUAGAUUUUACUAGAGACUUCUUUCAAUUUGCUCUACAGGAGCUUGAAACAGACUAGGUGAAUUUAAGACAGGCUCCUCUUAAAAUUUGUUUAAUGAUGUAUAUUAAGCCCGUGUGUACACACACACACACAUAUAUAUAUAUAUAUACACACGGUUAUUUUUCUACUUAAAAGGUCAGACUUAGCUCUUAGAUAAAGAUAACUUAGAUAAUUGACAAGCUUACCAAUAUUUUUGCUCACUUUUAAUAGGUUCUACACAAAAAAAAUCCUGCACAAACCAUCUUAUGGUGAAGUCAGGUAAUUUGCUAAUGAAAUGACCCCAUGAGGUGCCGAAGGUAGAAGAUCUAAUAAUAAUUAAAUAUCUUUAGACCCCUUUGCUAAACGAGCAUGCGCCCCAUAGCGUAGUGCAUUAAUCCAUGGGACUAGAAUAAAGAUCUUCCAACCCAGAGAACCUUUCACAAGAAACGUUACAUAAAGGUGUUUCGUCAAGCUUUACAGUCAUAGUAUUUUGAAUUUAUAUAUAUUUUUGUUUAUUUCAUUUGCCCAUUUUACAAACCUUUUUCUCGAGGUGGUAGAAGAAGAAGCUGAUAUUUAUUUAGCGUGUUUCUGCUCAUUUUCUUUAUAAUUUAUAAAAAGAGUAUCAGAAAUCCAUUUGUCCCUUUUUCAUAUUUCACUAAACGAAAUUCCUUUAUGUAACAAUCUUUUUUUUUUUUUUUUUCUUCAGAAAAGCCCCCUUACUGUGGCAGUCUCACCUCAUUUUGGAAGCAGUUAGCUCACCGGUAUCACCUAAUUUCUAAAUUUAGAGAAAUGGAAAUAGUGUGAGCCUUGCCAUUUUUAGAACUGACCCAGUGGGGGGGGGAAAGACAGUGAUCCCCCUACUAUUCAAAUAUUGCUAUAAUUAGAUAAUUAAUACAUAGCUUAAUUUCCCCAAGAAAUCCUCGUAAAGCCAGAUUUUCCAUUAGGAUGUUCUGUAAUAGGGAGUUUAAAUUAAAUUACAAGAGACACCCUUUCCCUCUGCAACCUUCAAAGAAUGGGCUAAUCCACUGAUUGCCAAAGCAAUGUGUACAUAUCAUACUGAGCCGCAAAGGGUUAAAACAAACAUUUCCCCCUUUGUAUUUAAAGAAUUUGUACAUUGUUGCUUCUGAGUCCUGCCGUCCUUUUGGUGUUUUCGACCCAAUCUUUGGGCAAGAUGUAUAAACUGGAAGCCAUUACACCCGAAUUUCUGUACUGCCAUCAAAUGAGAAAACUAGAGAGGUCUGGAUUUGCUCUCUUCGUUUCCAACCUAAUAUCUGUGGCUGUUUGCUGGUGAAGUGACAUUGAAUCAGCCUUAAAACUCCUCUUUUUUUGGCACAUACCAUUGUGUAUGGCUUUCCUAUUUACAGUAACUCAUGUAAAAAGAAUACGAGAGUGUGUAUUAUAUAGAUAUUCACAAUCACCUCGAUUUUCAAAGCCUCAAAGCCUUUCUUUACCAUGGAUCUGCAAAGCUUUGCUCCAGGAAAAGAGGCACAGAACAAAUUUAAAAAACAAGUAAACAAUUAAGCCAAAUGCAUAAUGGGGUGAACUAAUGAAGAGCAUUCUCUAAAGACUGAAGACGUGAUCGAUCCAUGAAAAACGCCCGAGAUUGGAUCCGAUGUCUCAUCUAAAAAACUCAAUUUAAUGUCUAUAAAGGAAGGGGGAUCAGACAGGGGUAACAGCAAGAGCUUGAAUGUGCUCUUCUGACUUUCUGUAGUUUAUUUAUCUUGUGCCCUAUCAUAUGCUGUAAGGAGCGCUAUCUGAUGUGACGCGGGAAGACCAGCCCAGACGUGCCGAUAUGGAAGAGAUAUUGAACGAUAAAGUGAAUGUGUCAUAGGGACUGUACCUGCUUUGCGCUGCAGGCAUUUAGUGUUGUGUGGGAACAAGAGAUAGGAGGUUUGCGCUGAAUGCUUCUGGUGACGCCAUCACUAUUAUGAGGCAUUUCAGGCCUACCAGGCCGAGGGGGGCAGUGAUCUUGAAAAGAAAGUAUUGACAAUGUGAGCUGUCGCCAUAGGAGGUGCACGUGCAAAAGUGUUUGUGUUUUUGUUUUCCAAAACCCUGUGUAAAUGAAUGAGUGAUGACGCGUUUCGCUUAAUUUGAUAAUGUCUGCUUAUUUAUAAGUGUGAAUAUUAUAAUCUCAUUUCCACUAGAGUGUGAGCUGGUGAAUUGUUGUGUGUGUGUGUGAGUGUGUGCUCCUGACACGCAGAUUGUGUUACAUGUCUAUAUCUGAGGAAAACUCUAUAAAUCUUGGGGUGAUAGAUGAGGGGAGGGGGUGCAGCAGACUGGACAGACUUGUCCAUAAAUCCAGUUAUAAAUCUUCGGGAGUGCCUUAUUUCAAACAACGCCUACUUUGUGGUUAAACUAACUCAUUUUGCUAGUGUUGAUUUAAGUGUUCAGUGCUCAAUGUAAAGGCUCCUGUUUGAUCAGUGAUUUGCACAUAUAUGUGGUCAGCACAAGAGCUGAUCGCUACAUGGAUCUAUUUUUUGUGGCCUGCUAAUGAUAUGUGUACAGAUUCCCUGCUGCUUGUCCCAAUAUUCUGUGACUGUGAUAUGCUGCUUUAUGGGCUUAAGGCUCCUGUCCUGUCCCAUGUACUUUUGUGUUAAAGAAAUCUGUUCUGGGCUCCCUCUGGGUCCAGAGUCUCUUAAAAUCCCCGCUGUUCCUCCAUAUUAUUCAUACUGUUGAAGAAUGGGUGAGAUAUUAGAAAAUCAUUCACUAAACAGCAAGUUGUGGUGAGUUAUUUUUUUAAUUAAUAUUCCUUUAUUUAUAUUAUUACUUAUUUGGUGCCAACAUAGUCGGUAGCACAGUACAAUGGGUGAUACAAGUUAAUUAGCUCGCAAUUUGAAGCCUUAAUAAGUGAUAUUCAAAGGAUGGGUAGUAAAAAAAAACCUAAAAUGUCAUCUCAUCACAAAUCACUGUUUAAUGAACGAGCCCACAAGUGACCAAACCUCCCGUUUAAAGAAGCAAGUGCACUAGGGUCUCCUAUAAAAUGAAAUCUCCCUUAUUUUAUUAUUAUUUUUUUUCACUGAAUGCAUAUCUAUCUUUCUGGAUUUCAAAGACAGUACUAAGCUUUGAUCUAUGUCUUUAAAACUUAAAGAGACACUAUUGUCACCAAAACAACAUAAUGAAGCAGUUUUGGUCUAUAGACCAUGCCCCUGCAGUCUCCCUGCUCAAUUCUUUGCUAUUUAGGAGUUAAAUCCUUUUGUUUAUGUAGGCCUAGUCACACCUCCCUGCAUGUUACUUACACAGCCUUACUA